AUGGCGGGGGGAACUACGUUUCCCGCCGUGCAUUGCGAAGAGGCGGAGACGAGGAAACGAAAGUGUCCCUGCAGAAGAAACGGGCCCGGUUUUGGAGGCGCGCGCGGUUUUAACUCCUGCGCCGGUCCUGAGAGGUUUGUUGUUGUUCUGCGCGCGCGCGGUAGUCGGAGGCGCGCGAGGGCAUAAAAAGAGUCUAUAUUAUAUAUCUAUAUAUUGUUUUAAAGUUGCUUUGUGCGAAACGGCAGCCUUUGCCGCUUGGAAGAUUUGCAAUGGAGUCCUGUGCUUGUUGAGUCGACCAGUAAGCCCCGCCUUGUGUGCCAUCGGGCUUACUCCCGAGUAAAUUCCUGCUGGGCGGAUCUUGAUCUGGACGGUUGUCGGGCGGCAUAUUCCACAUCGCUAAUGUAGAGAUCCAGCGCCCGCGGUUACAUCCCUGACCCCCUUUGCUUGCAUUCGCAGAGAAGCCCCAAUGCGUUCCAGUGAGUCUUGACUCCCAAGUAAGUUUACGCGCGAGGAUUGCACCUUCAGAACCGUAAACUGGGAUUGCCUCGAGUCCGGGAUUGAAAAGAUGCCUCCCUCCCCUUCUCUAUCCCGGUAAUGUACGGAGAGAGAAGUGUUGGGGGCGAGAUGCCACGCGAGCUCGCAUUGCAAUCGCUGAUGAUGGUCAGGCAAGUGUAAACUAUGGUUACCAGAUUUUUUCCAAUGAAUCCGGGGACCCUUCUUUUUUCCCCCUUUUUUUGAAGCUGAGUAGCAACAGGGAGGGACACGGGUGGCACAGAGCCUAGGACUUGCCGAUCAGAAGGUCGGUGGUUCGAAUCCCCGCGACGGGGUGAGCUCCCAUUGCUCGGUCCCUGCUCCUGCCAACCUAGCAGUUCGAAAGCACGUCAAAGUGCAAGUAGAUAAAUAGGUACCGCUCUGGCGGGAAGGUAAACGGCGUUUUCGUGCGCUGCUCUGGUUCGCCAGAAGCAGCUUAGUCAGGCUGGCCACAUGACCCGGAAGCUGUACACCGGCUCGCUCGGCCAGUAAAGCGAGAUGAGCGCCGCAACCCCAGAGUCGGCCAUGACUGGACCUAGUGGUCAGGGGUACCUUUACCUUUACCUAGCAACAGGGAGUCAGUAGUGGGGAUGGUGAGGCAAAGUAGUGGGGAUGGUGAGGCUGCUGCUGCCACAGGGUUGCAAAUCUGGGGACAUUCUGGGGACGGAAUUUGUCCGGGGACAGAUUUGCAAAUCCGGGGACUGUCCCCGGGAACCGGGGACGUCUGGUAACCCUAGUGUAAACUGUCUGGAACAGGAAAUAGAUUCCCGUGCAUUUCCUCUUAACGCCGGAGUUUUGGAAGGAGCUGUUGACUCCUGCGUGUCUCCCUGACUGCGGGGAACUGGGACCCUAUGCACGCUGCCAGUUUGCAUAAGGUUAGCAGAUUUUUUUCAAAGAAUCCGGGGACACCUUUUUUUUUUAAGAGAAAAAAAUUUAUUUUUUUAUUUUGUUAAAAAAUCAAGAAGUAAUAUCUUCUCUUCUGUGGUCUUCUCCGUGGCAUGGCCUUCUUCUGGGCUAUGGCCUGCUCUCUUGGGGUGCUAGCCACCGUGGAGUAGGCUCGGGCUGGGCCAGGGCUCAGCCACGUGUCCUUGCACACCUGGUGCUCUCCUACCUCUCCUUCGCAGCGGCAGUGGCUCCCCUUUUUUUCCUCCUUCCUCUUUCUCUCUCUUCCUUCUCCUUCUCCUCUCCUCCUCCUCUCUGCAUCGGCUCCGGGGUUUUCCUGGCCCCGGACCGCCGCUGGGCAGGUGGCCUGGUGCUCUUGCUCCUGGCUCAAUUUGGGUCGUGGGGGGGGGUGUCAGCGGUUCCCCCAGUUGAUGCGCCGGGCGUCCCCGCUUCCACAACAGCAGCAGUCUCAACAGCCCGGAGCCAGCCUGGUAGCGCAGUUGGCUCUGGCUGGCUUCAGGAGCUGCUCGCUGCUGUGAUGCCCGCCAUUUUGCCUUGCCGGAAGUCCCCAUAUGAUAUGUCUUGUACCAUUGAACCAAUCAUGCAACAUUCUUUCCCUACUAAAAAAUCUACAACACUUAGAAUAUAAAUCCGGGGACAUUAAAUGAAAUCUGGGGACAUUCCCAGGAUGGAUUUUGUCUGGGGACAGAUUUGUAAAUCUGGGGACUGUCCCCGGGAAACGGGGGCGUCUGGUAACCAUAAGUUUGCAAUGCUGAGCAUGUUUGACUGAGAAGGAUGCCUCUUUUAAGUUCCGUGGGGUUUAUCCCAAGGUAAAGAAAGAAAGCCCCAUUGAACACAGUGGGACUUAGCUUUGAGUAAACCUGCACGGGCUUAACACCCUAAGGCUGUAAUCCUAUGCACACUUGAAAAUCUGGUGGGACUUUGGGUAGAGAUGUAUAUAGGAUAUGGGUAGCAAACUAAGGCCCAGGGGCCGAAUCCGACCCAAUCGCCUUAUCAAUCCGGCCCACGGACGGUCCGGGAAUCAGUGUGUUUUUACAUGAGUAGAAUGUGUCCUUUUACUUAAAAUGCAUCUCUGGGUUAUUUGUGGGGCAUAGGAAUUCGUUCAUAUUCCCCCCCCCCCCAAAAAAAAAAUAUAGUCGGGCCCCCACAAGGUCUGAGGGACAGUGGACUGGCCCCCUGCUGAAAAAGUUUGCUGACCCCUGAAUAGGAUUACAUGGCUGUUUAUGCAUGGAUGUCCAUAGUAGGGUGAUCGGGGAAAUAGGAUGGGGUUCUCAUGGGCGUAGCCAGGAUUUAUAUGGGGGGGGGAGAACCGAGCUAUAUGUGAUGUGAUUGGUCAGUUAAUUAAGUAUUUUUAUUUAUUUACUUGAUGGGGGGGCUGCUCCUCCCAGUUAUGUUCAUGAGUUUUUUUAAUCUUUUGUUGGGAGCCGCCCAGAGUGACUGGGAAAACCCAGCCAGAUGGGUGGGGUAUAAAUGAUGAUGAUGAUGAGAAUUGUUGAUUUCAGACAACUUGUAAAGGUGCAGGAGCCUUGCCUCCUUUUUCCAAAUUGCAAAUCUAGCACAUAGGAUUGUACAGACGAGUUUUAGUUUUUGCUGUGGUUUAUUUCCAUAUUUGGCUAACUGAACAACUUUUUUCUCCCUCCGCCCUUUUGUUUAGACUACUUGGGUGGAAGCAAGUGGAAGUUUGAUGUUCCACCAACAUGCUUUCUGCCUUAUCUGCCACAAGCAGAUUACCCUCCGCUGA